AUGUCGAGGUCAGCAUUACAGAAUUUGGUAGAGGAUUUUCCAUGCCAGAUUCCGCCAGCUUUGGGAGAUCUCAAGUUUGGUCCGAGAGACCUCUUCCCAACCAAAUUCGAUUUACCAAUGCCCUCGACAUGCGUGUUCCGCUGGAGGCGCUUCUUCUUGCGCUUGCGAUUGGCGGUCUGGAUGCAGGCUGUCAACUCGUUGAUGCUGGUGGUGCAGCUACCGGAGCUUCGAGACGUCCGACGUUUGGCGGCUCGGCGGGAGCGUUUGGAGAAGCAGGUGCUGGGCAUGCAACAGAAGGAGGCCGAGCUACUGGAAGCUUCAAGGAAGGCAUCUUCAUCCAAGGGCCCAACGAUCCCACUUGUUCGAGACGAAGCUGGGACGCGCCGGCCCAUGGUGCAACACAUUGGACGAAGCCAAUACUUGGCGCCAGAGCCACGGCUGCAAUCGGGACUGGGCAUGGACCAAGUGCUCGGAAUGCGGCGCGAUCGAACAAAUCCCGAAGCUGACCCCGGACCGCGUGACCGAGUGGAACACCGAGGAGAAGGCAGCAAAGAAAGCCGCGAAGAGUACCGGGACGAGCUCGAUCCGCGACGCACCUAUGACCAGAAGGGCGACGAGUACAGCGGCGCCUACGGCGCGAACCGCGGCAACCUCGACAUCGAGCCCUUCGGCAAGACCGGCGGCCGCGGUCGGCAAGCCAGGACAGCGGCCGAGAUGGACGUGGGCGAGUUCAGCAUUGGGACGCCUGACAAUCGGCUGAGGGAUCGGAUGGCGUGGAAGUGCCCCAAGUGCAUGGAUCAGACCUUGAUGUCAGGCGUUUCUUCGAUCUGGUGGCCCUGGUGGCUACAACCCGGACGGGACGCACUCGUGGAUGCAGAAUGGGAACGCUUCGGCGGCCUAGGCGAGGAGGACUUGAUUGACGAGAUCGGGUUAUCGUACGAAAGCAUGGACAUGCUGGCGACGAUGGUGGACCCCAGCGGGAGCUAUGUCUGGAGCUUCACCGGCGCGAAGGUGCCGGCAGUGAAGAAUGCUAUGAUCAAGUCUCCUUUGUCUGCCAGGGUGAUCUUCAACAUCGACGAAAGCGAGGUUAACGUGUUGGACAUUGCGCGGAAGCACCCCACUGACUACCACCUCGGCGAUGAGGAGGUCACGGUCUAUGUGAUCCAGGAGUUCCAACAGGACUUCGUGGACGAGCUUGAGGAUGUCCGCAUUGAUGCCAUCGCCGGCGGCGAGAGUGACGAGAGCUUCUGGGCCACGUGUGAGCAGGAGCAUGUGAACCUUUACGUGGACAUCUACAUGGAGGAUGGUCAGCCUGGACGACCACCACUUCGGCCACCUCAACUACCUCCGCCUGAGCAACUUCGUGACGAGAGUAUUGAGCUUCGCGAGAGUGGCAAACGUGCCAAGUGGAUGGAGGAGCAGGGCUACAUGGUCAUGCUCUGUUUGGAUCCGCAGCGCGUACCGAUUCAUCCUGUUGGACCUGGACAUCGCGCGCUGCAUUGGACUGCGGUGCGGGAGGAUGAUGAAUGGAGGUGGUGCGAGAAAGAGUGCCAGGGCCCUGUGGACAAGGAGGUCUGUGAAGCCAACUCUGCCAUGGUCUUCUAUGCCUGGGACAAGCCUGAAAGCUUGGUACUUGCAGAGGGCCAUGAACUCAGCGUGCAGGAGCAGCGAGCCGUGCUCAGAUCACAUGUCAAUGUGGGACAUCCAGGUCGAGCUGAGUUCGUCCGUCUUCUGAAGGCAGCAGGUUGCCGAAAUGACAUCAUCCAGUACAUGCAGCGUGAGUUUCGAUGUGCUGGUUGUGACCUCGAACAACGACCUCCUACGCGAUUGCCGGCGGCUACCCCGAGAUGCUACGACUUCAACGUGGUCAUCGGGAUCGACGUGCUCUUCGUGCACGGUCUGGACAACAAGACCGAGCAUCCUGUGCUAAACGUGACGUGCCUUGGAACCUUGUACUCCACGUUCGGCCUGAUCGAUCCGCUGCGUCGGUCUGCAAAGCUCACCCUCAAAGCUUUCGAGCGGCUGUGGAUCAGGACGUUUGGACCACCCGAUUUCCUGCUGUGCGAUAUGGGCACGGAAUUCACCGGCAGUGACUUCCAGGGCGGUCUUGAGAGGAUGUGCGUACAACUGAUUGUGUGCAAUCAGGAGGCGCCAUGGGAAAAUGGCGUAUGCGAGAGGCGCGGCGACCUCUUGAACAAGAUCUACUACAAGAGUCGUGAGAUUGCACAACCUCGGGAUAUGGACGAAGUCGAGCUGUUGAUAUUCGAAUCGGCCUGGGCUCUCCAAACGAGCAUCAACAGGUCGGGUUUUACUCCGGCGCAACGUGUUCUUGGACGACAGCCCCGGGUGGCCUUGGACCUCGCGAGUGACGACAAGCACUACGAGCUGGCGGUCAUGCAGGACAAGACGAAGAAGUGGUGGUUCGCUCGGAACUGCUCUGUCUUGCGGUGGUUGCUCAGGAAGAAGUGGUGGUUCGCUUGGAACUGCUCCGUCUUUUGGAAUGGAGUUGCGGUCGCCGAACAAGCUCGUCGUGGUGACAACAUGGAGGAGGAUUGGAGGCUUUCCGACCGACCGGGAGACCUGCAAGCCUUUAGCAAGCUAGUCAAGACGGACGUCUUCUACACGUACUCCGAGCUGCAUUCUGGAUGGAUUUGCCUCACAAAGAAGUCGGGCAAGGAAAUCCAAGAACGCACCCUGUCUGAACAGGAGCGCAAGAUGUUUGCCGAGGCCAAGCUCACGGAGAUCGAGAACCUCGAAGGAUCCAGCGCCGUCAGCUUCGUGACGGACCUUGAAGAGAUCCGGAAGAUCAAGGAGUCCUUCAGUCGCCGGAUCAUGCCCUCACGCUUCAUCUUGACCAAGAAGCAGCAAGAGUUGGGGCAGAACUGGAAAGCUAAGGCGUCCACAUUCGACCCCUGCCUCUACUACCUUCCCUUCACCGAGGACGAGAACCCCGAGCGACGACGAGGAUGCGCUGGACUUGUGGUUUUAGACGUCGACGACUUCCUUCAGGGUGGAAAUCCUCGACAUGGUGAGUUGAUGGAGAAGUUGCGUGGCCGGUUCCGAUUCGGGAAGUGGCGAACCAUCUACAAAGGUUCGGGCGAGUAUCUGGGCAGGACUGUCUAUCAGCUGGACAGCUUCGAGAUACAGAUCUCCAUGGAGAGAUACAUCAACGAGAAGCUACGCCCAGUUGUGCUUAAGGUCAAGGACGAGGACAGAGUUCUUGAUGAGCGUGAACCACGUUGCUUCGAGGAGCCGGAGGAUCCCUGUUGUGGAUCGGCCGAGAGUCACGGCCGGACGUUGCUGCAGCUUGAACUCAAGCGCACCUGUGAUGUGCGGCUGAGAGUGCUCCCGAUUCCGUUGGAGCAAGGCAGAUGGAUGGUCUUCUCAGAUGCUUCUGUCGGCAACCUGGAGGGCACCAUGGCGAACAUCGUGAACGGGCCUGAUCAAGAAGACGCGAUCGGCAACAUCCUUCUCCGAAAAGACGGAGAAGCGAUUCUCCAACAGCGCCGCCUGGAGUUUUUUCAGCAGGAGGGCAUCAAGGACCUCCUCCCGCUACGCCAGGUUUUCAACCGGGGCAUCAACCACCACCCCCACCUUUUUGGGGAGCAAGGCCUCCGAUGGCCCGUCCGGUUUCUUUCAUCAACCGGGUGUACGGCCAGCGCUGAUGAUCUUUUAGACGCAGCAUGCGUAGAGAAGAAGCAGCAGCAAGAAGAGGCCUCAUUUCUUCACAGUUUCACCAGCCUGCGGAUGUUUUGCCUCAUCCUGAGACAGUAG